AUUCAAUCAAUAUAUUUUUUUUCUGGGAGGAACCGGAGUUUGUGAACCGAGGAUGAACCUCAGUCAGACGGGUUAUCAGUCUCUUUGUUGAAUUUACACGGUCCAAAGAGGAAAUACAAUGCGAUUAAGAAGAAAUACAAAGCUAUGCCUUAUCAUGUCUUCUAAUGCCCCGCAAUUCACAUAAGAAGAGGCUGCUGAACCCGCACAAAUCUCAGCUGUUGUUUGUGGAGGCUCCCAUUAAUGGACCAAAGCAUGAGUAUGGACCACAGCUACGGAGUGCCAUUCAACCAAAGACAUUUAUAUCAGAGAAACCACAGCAAAGUGGUGCACCAUGUACCUCUUGGGUGUCUCCAGAGUUUAAUUCGCUUGAAACCACAACAGUUAGUGAACGUGGCCGAGCGAGGAAAAAUAACACGAGACCUAUGAGAAUCUCAAAUAAGGUGCCAGAUUUGGGGUUUCCUCAGCCUAGAAGAGCAAAGGGAUGCAAAUAUAUUCCGUUGUCCUUUGAGGCAACCACAGCAGGUUCACAGCACCAACGUGAAAAUUUUAGUAGUACACAGACGAAGAAUGACAGGCAUGUUUCCUCAGACGGUCAUAGCAAGGAGUGUAGAGAAACUCCAAGAAGAACUCACUUUCCUCGAAAAGGGGUGAAGAUGAGGAUGGCUACCCAUGUUAUAUCCACCUCCAGGCGUUCAAAAGUUUUAGAAAACCUUCAGAUCCUUAAAAAUUUAAAUAGAACGUCUAAGGAUUCUGUUCACACACCGAACACAAGCUUAGUUCCCGAACCCCCAAAUAUAGAGACGCCAGAAAUGCCACAUUGUUCCAGCACGUCUCCAUCCAGUGUUCAACAUCUCCUCUUCCCUCCAAACCAAGCAAAAUCUCCUCCAUAUACUGAGGACACAAGUGUCCUGGUGAAGGACACACCUGAGGAAGACUAUGGACUGAGGGUGACAUGGAGACGUAGGAAAGGACUGAUGAAAUUGUUGAUUGAUAGAGGUCAGCUUCUUCCAGCAGAUGCUGGAGUUGCCAGUGAUUGGACUUAAAUCAGAAAUUAACAGAUACGGCAAUAGUUUGAUUUAGUUUUGUAGUCUUUUCUGUUCAUUAACGGACUUGAUAAGAUUUGGGAAAUUGUGAUCACUUACAACCAAGAAAAUGUAAUAAAUGAACACUUCAGGAGAGAGGAAUUAAAGAUGUAAUUUUGAUGUCCCCAGCCUUAUUUAAUGGAAGCACCUUUGCAUUCUGUAGGAUCAAUAAAUUAUGUGCUUAAAUGUAAAACGCGCACAUCUGUUGAAUAUGCCUUAUUUUAUCCAUUUAUUUUUAACCUAAGGGAGUUUGUGUACAUUUAUCUAUGCUGGAAAAGGCUAAUAUUUUUUUGAUUUUAUACUAUAGUAUUUUGAGAAAGUCUAAAAUGUAUAAAAUAUGGAAAAUAUGAAACAUAUAUAUCAACUAAAAUAUGAACUUAGAAAUAUAAGAAAUUUGAUUUAAAAUAUUUUGGCCUAUAUUCCCCUAUUUUUUACAGAAUAUAUAACUAUCAUUGAUGAGGAAGUCAAUUUAUUGUAGAAUAGAUGGUGGAUGCAGUGAUGUGUUUUUGUGACUGACAGAGAUACACAAUGAGCUUGUUAUACCGAGGUCUCUCAGUAGCCAGAUGAGAAUCAGAUCCAUCUCUCUGCGCAAAGCUUUUCUGGCUUUAAUAUUACUGUGUGUUCUUCUUGUCCGUAUAGACCCUGGUAAGAGAUCUGCUGGCCAUUUUUAUGCAGUGAGUCCUCAGUAAUUACUUUGAUAAUGAUUGACUGUCAUUUUUCUGCUAUUUCUCUGCUCUCUGCAUGAACUCCUUCAGCAAACGUCGAGCACCAUGUUUGGACCUUAUUACAGAAAGUUUUAAUGGAGUUAUCCUUGAACAAACUGUAAAACAAUGUUUCUGUCCCAGAUUUGUUGUACUUAAUACAUCCUGUGAUUGGGCAUCACUUAUUGGUGCACUUACAUUAUAGAUAAAUAAAUCAAUGAAUUACUGUACGUCAAACUACUGAUAACCUAUUUAAAAUGGAUGGUAUCUUGAAGAGAAAUAUUUCAUGCACAUCAAAUGUAAUUUUAUUAUAACAUGUUUUAAAUAUGCUUUUGAGUGUAUGAGUUCAUGUGGAUCUGGACCUGUGCUGCA